AGAUCCCUCUAUCGGCGGUCUCUGAAGCUUGCCCUCGACUGGGCUGUGCAGCGGAAUCUGUGGCGGGGCCAAGCAGUUUACAUUCGCUCCCUGUUCGACGCCAACCGAAACAUCAAUGAUCCCAGACACCGGAGGAUAUUAUUCAAUGAGACAGAAAAACUAUUAGAGAAAUGGAAGCAUCCUGAUCCAUACAGGCCACCAACCGCUCCUGGAGGUUCGAAAUAUGAAAGAAAUCUCCCAGCUCCCGAUUUGCCCCCGCCAUCAAGAGAAUUCGUGAAGAGAUUAUGA